AUGAAAACAUCCUCCGUCAACGUCGCCGAAUAUCUAUUCAGGCGGCUGCGUCAAUUGGACGUGACGUCAAUCCACGGAGUGCCUGGCGAUUUUAAUCUUACUCUCCUUGAUUAUAUUGCGCCUGCUGGCCUCACGUGGGUAGGCAAUGCCAACGAACUGAAUGCUGGUUAUGCAGCCGAUGGCUAUGCUCGCGUCAAAGGUAUCGGCUCUCUUGUGACCACCUUUGGCGUCGGAGAACUCUCAGCUGUUAACGCUAUUGCUGGGGCAUAUGCCGAAAGGGCGGCUGUGGUUCACAUUGUGGGCAUUCCUUCUAGAGCCACCCAAGAGUCGAGAUUGCUUGUCCAUCACACAUUUGGUGAUGGAGAAUAUGGGCGUUUUGCGGAAAUCCAUCGCCAUGUCACUGUUGCCCAAACCAGGCUACUAGACGUCAGAACUAUCCCCGACCAGAUCGACUCAGUCCUCCAACAAUGUCUCUUACACAGUCGACCGGUCUACAUCGAGGUCCCCGUUGACCUUGUCGAUGCCCCGGUAUCUGCAGCUGGCCUCAGUCACACACUGACAUUGCCAACCGACCAAGCCAACGCAUCGACAUCAGUUGCGGUAUCCAAGAUCCUGCACAAGAUUUAUACUGCAAAGCAACCUCUCAUCGUUGUUGAUGGUGAAGUGCGGCCAAUGAGAGUUGUUAACGAAGUGCAAGAAAUAGUCAGAGCUACAGGCUGGCCAACAUGGGUUACAGGAUACUCCAAGUCUCUGGUAGAUGAAGGCUUGGCAAACUUCCAUGGCGUCAACAAAGGAAGCUUUGAAGCUUCUACGUCUCGCGAUUUCAUCAAGCAGGCAGACCUAAUUCUUUGUUUUGGACCUCAUUUCACCUCUACUAACACCUUCUUGUUCUCAAGCAUUCCUGAUCCGCAAGUCACAAUCUUAUUUAUGGACACGGAGGUCAGGUUAGGAAACGAGACGAUUCGAAAUUGCCCAGUGAAACCGCUCCUAGCUCGUCUCUUGCAAGACCUAGAUCUUACCAAGAUACACAAGUAUGAUCCUUACCCUGAUCUUCACAGGGACAGCCUCUUGUCCUUUUCUGGUCUUCCCUCGGAUGGAGUCAUUGACCAGAAGAAUGUGUGGCGCUUACUGGGGAACUUUCUUCGACCAGGAGACAUUUUGAUGGCGGAGACUGGCACAGCUGCUUACGGAGCUCGACAUAUUCACUUGCCAUCUCACUCCAAGUACUUCGGUCCCGUAACCUGGCUCUCUAUAGGAUACAUGCUCCCUGCUGCCCAAGGCGCUGCACUCGCCCAGAAAGAGUUGAUGGGUACCAAUCAGUGGUCCGGCAUUGACAAUGCACGCACUGUUCUACUUAUGGGCGAUGGUAGUUUUCAAAUGACUGCUCAAGAGCUGUCGACCAUGAUCCGACAUGAUCUCAAUGUUGUGGUAUUCCUUAUCAACAAUGAUGGCUACACUAUCGAGAGGUGCAUUCAUGGACUGACGCAGGGAUAUAAUGAUGUGCCAUCAUGGCGUUACCUGGAGGCGCCCCGUUUCUUCGGAGCUCCUAAGGAUACAUUCACUCGCUCUGCGAAGAACUGGGGUGAACUUGAGGACGCGCUGGGUAGUAAGGCUUUACAUGAUGGCAAGGGCCUGAGGAUGGUAGAAGUGCUGAUGGGUCGAGAGGAUGCACCUGAGGGGCCACUGACACAGUAUCUAGACAAGCAACAAAUGCGUGUCAAUGGGAAGAUCUAG